GGUCGCUAUGGUAACAGAAUGACUCACUGUAAAGGGAGCAGGUCUCAAACCAUGUUGUGUUGAUAGACAGUCUUUUGUGACCAUCACCAGCUCAUUUCAGCUGUACAUGGACUACGCCAUUCAAUGAUGUCUGGCCUGAUGGCCACAGCAAAGGAUGCGGAUUUUUUCAAUCAAUAGAAAUGCACACCUUUGCAGCUCCGAAAUUACUGACGCUUCCAGCGUCUAUUGGAAACCGGGACCACAUCAACUCCUAUUAUUUACCUUUACAAUGUGUGAGUAGUUACGGAGCACUACCGCACAAUUAUUAUGGAAAUUUGAGACUGUCUGAGGAGAAGCUGCCUAGUCAGAAACCAGACCCUUUGGAACCGAAAAACAAACGCUCAGGACGUAGCAGCCAAAGAAGUGUUAGCGAGCACGAUGCAAAAUGUUCAGAGAGAGGUGGAUCCCAUGAGGGCAGAUACUCCUCAGACAGUAAUGUUCAAGACAAUGGCUGUGGAAGGCAUUUCUUGUUUGACAAGAGGUGGAAGAAUGGCGAAUUUAGAGACGAGGUGUACCUCAAAACAUCAUCCAUUAUGACUCCUCUACCUCGGGCCUACCAGUCUCAGAAGUCCUUGUAUAGGAUCUCCUUAUGUAGGCAGAAUAAACCAUCCAGGUCAUUUUGUCCAUUUGAAGGCUACAAUAUCACUUCUUUUCAAAGUCGUUUGUUGCCAGCUACCUCAACAGUUACUGAAAAGACAUUUUCCGUGGAGCCUCUGAGACACAGACCAAGAAUAAACAAUCGCACAAGCAGCCUUUUCUCAGUUGCCGGAAACCAAAAAAACCAUUCCUUCCCGGACCCCGUGGCAGGCGCCCCAUCCUCCUUCAUCCAGAGGCUGUCUGAGAUCUCGUCGAUGGAGGGCGAGACCAUACGCCAGGAGAAGGCCAAGAGGACCAAGAAGAUCAAGAAGGCAGACUAACACAGUGGCGGACGAUUCUGCGUCUCGCCCGGAUCUCACCCUCAUCUCACCCUCAUCUACCCCAGACCUGGGCCGAAUGUGAUCCAGAGUCAGCUUACUAUGUGGACAGCAAUCACUGCCUAAGACGAACAACAUAGUGCUGUGCCAAAGCGGACAUCAUUAUAAAGGAAAGAGACUUAAAGGCACUCUCAGCAACUUUUUUUUUUUAAUUCUUUGAAUUCUUUACCGUACUUGUCAUCCCUGCAGCAUGAGAGUCUGGGCAACCCAAAAAUAUGUCUAACAUGAACCGAAAUCUCUCACAA